UAGGAGUGAGCCGACAACGGAGUCUGAUCCCCUCAGCGGAGGGUUUGCAGAAGCUGUCGACCUACCCCCAGCCCAGCCGAGCGUCCGCUCCGAGGGGGCGGCUGUGCUUCAGUGAGUAAGUAGGACCAUGAUGUUGACAAAAUUAAGGAAAUUUAUUGUGAAUCGACAGAAAGUAUCCGGUUUGUAUAUUAAUCACAUGUGUUCCUGUAGAACAGGAGUGAUUUUAAGGGGAUUAAUAUCACAAGUUUUUCUAGGAAGAAAUUAUAGUUCCCUACCAGAAAAUGAUGUCAAAUCUCUACGCUCCAUCAUCAACCCUCCUAUGUCUAAAAUUCGUAACAUUGGAAUUAUGGCUCAUAUUGAUGCAGGCAAGACCACAACCACAGAGAGAAUAUUGUAUUAUUCUGGAUACACCAGAUCUUUGGGAGAUGUUGAUGAUGGGGACACAGUGACGGAUUUCAUGGCCCAAGAGCGAGAAAGAGGCAUUACUAUUCAAUCAGCUGCUGUUACAUUUGAUUGGAAGGGGUAUAGAGUUAAUCUCAUUGAUACGCCAGGUCACGUGGACUUCACUUUAGAGGUUGAACGCUGUCUAAGAGUAUUGGAUGGUGCAGUAGCUGUAUUUGAUGCUUCAGCAGGUGUAGAGGCACAGACUCUGACAGUAUGGAGACAAGCUGAUAAACACCAUGUACCUCGAAUCUGUUUUUUAAAUAAAAUGGACAAAACUGGAGCAAGUUUUAACUAUACUGUUGAUAGCAUCAGAGAGAAGUUGAAGACAAAACCUUUGCUUUUACAGUUGCCAAUUGGUGAAGCAAAAGGUUUCAAAGGACUAGUUGAUGUUGUGACUAUGGAAAAAGUUAUUUGGAACACUGUAUCUAAUUCUGAUGAUGGAAAACAGUUUGUGAGAGAGCCCCUUACAGAAUUGAACGAUCCUGAAUUGCUGAAGGAGGCCAAGGAAGCAAGAAAUGCCUUAAUUGAACAAGUUGCAGAUCUGGAUGACGAGUUUGCUGACCUAGUUUUAGGAGAGUUUAUUGAAAAUUUUGAUUUGUUACCAGCCGAAAAGUUACAACAUGCGAUACGUAGAGUAACUAUGGCUCAGAGAGCUGCCCCUGUGCUCUGUGGAAGUGCCCUGAAGAAUAAAGGGGUCCAGCCCUUAUUAGAUGCCAUUACUAUGUACCUGCCUUCUCCUGAUGAGUGCAACAAUGAAUUUAUGCAGUGGUAUAAAGAUGACUUGUGUGCCUUGGCAUUUAAAGUUCUCCAUGACAAACAGCGUGGGCCUCUAGUUUUCAUGCGCAUUUAUUCUGGUACAAUGAAACCCCAAUCAGCCGUCCAUAACAUUAAUGGAAACUGCACAGAGAGAAUAAGCCGCUUACUAUUGCCUUUUGCUGACCAGCAUAUAGAAAUCCCUUCUCUGACAGCAGGCAAUAUUGCCCUAACUGUUGGACUUAAACAGACUUCCACUGGGGAUACCAUUGUUUCAUCCAAGUCCUCAGCAUUAGCUGCAGCCCGUAGAGCUGGAAGGAAUGAAGGAAAGAUACACAGGAAAAACAUGGAAACAGGGAGCCUUCUGUUGGCAGGGGUGGAGAUUCCAGAACCCGUCUUUUUUUGUACCAUAGAGCCCCCCUCAGUAGCCAAACAGCCAGAACUGGACCGAGCAUUGAACUGCCUUCAGCGUGAAGAUCCCAGUUUAAAAGUGCGCUUAGAUCCUGACUCUGGACAAACUGUUCUCUGUGGCAUGGGGGAGCUGCACAUUGAGAUCAUUAAUGACCGAAUCAAGAGGGAAUAUGGAGUUGAGACCUUCCUUGGUCCUCUACAAAUAGCAUAUAGAGAAACCAUCCUAAACUCAGGCCGUGCCACAGAUACGUUGGAUAGAACUUUAGGAGAGAAAAGACAUUUAGUGACUGUGGAACUGGAAGUGAAGCCAUGUGCAAGAGAAAAAUCUGAAGUAGGCCCUGUUAUUGAGUAUACUGAAAGUAUCAGGGAGGAGCUUCUACAAGAGUUUCAGGAGGCCAUUGAAAAUGGAAUUCAUAGUGCGUUCCUGCAAGGACCACUGCUUGGAUUCCCAAUUCAGGAUGUUGCAGUUACUCUGUGUUCGUUGACACUUCACCCUGGCACCUCUACAACCAUGGUUUCUGCCUGUGUGUCCCGUUGUGUGCAAAAGGCUCUAAAGAAAGCUGACAAGCAAGUUCUGGAACCCCUAAUGAACCUGGAAGUUACGGUGACUGGAGACUAUCUCAGUUCUGUCCUAGCUGAUCUUGCACAGAGAAGAGGUAGCAUUCAGGAAAUACAGAGUCGUCAGGAUAACAAAGUUGUUGUUGGAUCAGUUCCCUUAGCUGAAAUGAUGGGUUAUUCAACUGUGCUCCGAACUUUAUCAUCUGGCACGGCGACUUUUGCUCUAGAGCUGUCUAAUUAUCAAGCUAUGAACCUUCAGGACCAAAAUGCCUUGCUUAAGAGGAGUGGACUGGCCUGAUCACUGACUGAGAGUUACAUUUUCUCAGCUACGUCUCUUCAUCAUAUGAAGAUCUACGUUAAUGACUUUUCCUGAGGAGAAAGUUACUAAUCUUCAUUUGGGACAUGAAAUGUGAGCUGUCAUGUUAUAUUUUGUGCAUUAACUCUGUUGGAUGUACUUGUUGGCUAUGGAGGCCUUGCUAGUUACUGAUAAUCUUUAUAAUUGUUUUAAGUACCAGAGCUAAGAGAACUGUUCCUCAGAAGGUAAGUGGUCAAAGGCUAUGAACAGUUUUCAGAGGAAGAAUUACCAGCUAUUAAUGACUAUAAAACAAGUUCCUUACCCAAGGUCCAGGGCAGUGGCGGGAGGAGAGGAUGACUCAGCCCCCCCACCCCAGAGGUGGUGAGUUGUUUUGAGGUGAUCCCCCUUCUGUUCCAUUUCCCUCCAUUACCCUGUGUUGGGGUGAGGGAGCAGAACAGCUCAGGAGCAAAAAAGAGGCCUACAGAGAAGGCAGAAACAGAGCCCUGCUCCUUCAGGCAGGAUAAGCAGGACUUCAGCCUCCAUUCCAGUAUUGCCACCUUAACUCCACUUCUGCUUUUUGGUUUUCCCCAUAACUGCUGGUGCAGGAAACCGGAAGCAUCUCCAGGAGCCGUGGGCUACUGUUUCUGAUCCUCAACCUGAGCAGGGUUUCCUGUUCCAGCCUCAGCCAUUUUGCUGUAACCUUCUGGUCACUGUGUUGUGACAGAACUGGGACCUUGGGGGAGAGUAGUGGCUCUGCUGACACCAGAGUGUGGGAAGAGGGAGCUUCUGCCAGAGGCAGGGGCAGGCUUCAUCUUCCCUGGCUGACAACAGCCAGGAAGGUUGCCUGCAUAUGUGACAAAAUUAGGGGAAGGAAGGACCCAGAAAUCCUCAUUUCUAGAGGCGCAUUGUGUGAGGAUGAAGAAAGCCCAGAGUGGUUCCCCAGCUAUCGCUGCCUUCCCCAUCCCCAUUGUGUCUUCAGGCCCUGAACAACAUGGGAGUUGCAGGGGAAGGAAUUCAGCUUCUCUGGUUUCUUGAGUGAGCACGAGUGACUCAUCUCCCAGCAGGGUAGUUUUGGGGGUGUUGAGAUCAAGCCUGGGGUAGUAGGGACAAAGAUCAUGAUAAGUGCUCAGGGCACAGGGGAGAUCAUGGCAGCAAACACACACUGGGACACACUGCCUGGGUAUACUAUACUCUUUCCCCCUUUUCUCAUUUUCUUCACUUCCCCUUUGGCACAUGGCAGUACGCUUUCCUUAUCACUCCCCCUCCCCCAAGCCAGUCUUCUUGGAGGCCUGGGGAAGGUCAGGUGGGCACCCAGAGUAAGAGGAACUAAAAGCAGAAAGAAAAGUCAAGUUGGAUGACUGAAUGGAGAAGAAGGGUUCACUGCCUCUCCUGCCCCCAAAAGAUCCCAAUACCAACUUCCUUGACAAGGUUCCCAGAGGAGAGGCCCGCCCCUGCCCAGCACCUCUGAGAAGCCAAAUCUGUGUGAAUGGGGGUGGCAGUAGGGUGUUCUCUCACCUCACAGCAAAGACUAAGACUGAAACAUUCAGUAAAGUCCUCCUAACCCUGAAAAAAAAUACACCUAUAUUUAAGCGCUUCAUACAGCUCAUGGAUAGUAGAAGCCUGAGUUUUGGCAAAUUCUUGUUUCUCCAUCCUGUACUGGGCUCAGGGUAACCAGGCAAAAUUUUGGUUUGUCUUGACAUCAUUCUCCAAAUUCCCUUGCCCGUCAAAGUGCUUUAUGCUCCAAAAUUAUCUACAUUCCAUCCAAA